CGGCGCGAUCCGCGUCUCCGACUCAGUCAGAUCUCCGUCCGUCCGUCUGUGUCUCUUGGCCGAGACCGAGAGAGGGUUUUCCCCGUUCUCCCACCAGUCCAUUGCCGCUGGUGGCAAUCUUCUUCUUGUUGGACCAAACCCUAGCUAGCAGCAGCAACCAUGGCAAACCCUAGGCCUCCCUAUGUGUUGCUGGAGAGAGUAGUGUUUUUCGGAGGACGCGAGUUACCCGACGGCACAUGGAAAGAUGCCGCAGGCAUAGUCAUCGGAUGGAGCAGAGCGCGGCUGCUGAGUCGGCGAGAGGCGAUGGAGGCGAUGGAACCCCAUCCCUUCCUCGCCGAUCCUCCGCAAGUGAGCUCCCUGCGGAUGAUGUCGCCGACGCCCGCGCACGCGCAGCAGCUGGGAUCCAUCCGCGACGGCGACAUCGCCAGCACCCACAAGGGCAUCGUCGUCAUCUACGCCGGCUUCUACCGACCAGGCUGCUCCGAUGACCUCGGGGGAUGCUACCUCCUCUACGACGCCCCCACCAACGCCCUCACCGCCAUCCCCCCGCUGCCCGACUCGCCUCGCUUCCCCACCUUGCUACACCUCGGCCGCACCGCCGUCCUCGUCGACGCCUCCCGCUCUGCCGAUGAUUACAUCCUCGCCGAUAUCGUCACCAACUCCGGCCUGGGCCUCCCCGAAGCCACCAUCUUCGCAUGGUCAUCGCUGACCAUGAAGAAGAGCGGCGGCGAGUGGGUCAAGUCCUCCAUUCCCCGCCUCCCUCUCCCUGCACAUCUAUGUGGUCCAAAACACUUGUUCCAGAUCGACCUCGCCUUCUCCCUGGACAGCGGCCGCAUCUGCUGGGUUGAUCUCCUACAGGGCAUCUUGUUCUGCGACCGCAUCUUGGCACCGGAUGGCCCCAAGUUGGGGUUCAUUCCGUUGCCCACUGGGUAUUGCAUCGAUGUCCAUCACAGGCUCCGCCAUCAGAUGAUGCCACUAGCCCGGCGUUCCAUGGCCUGCGUCUCUGGCGCCGUCAAGUUUGUCGCCUUGGUUGGCUUGGAAGAUAUUCAUUGCCCCCCCAAUGAGGUGAUGCUCAAGACAUGGGUUCUGUCCCCUGAUUUCAAGGAGUGGAAGGAGGAUAGCAGGUCCUUAUCUGUGGAAGAGAUGUGGGCAAGUGAGAGCUUCAAGCAAAUGGGGUUGCCAUGUGUUGUACCAGUUUCCCCUGUCCUCAGCCUGACCCAAGAUGGGGUAAUGUAUACCAUUCUGAAUGUCAUCGAGCAGGUACCUGCACAAGUUGAUGAAUUUGGGAUCGUCGUUGUCGAUGAUGACCUGGUGCCCAUUGCCAAUUAUAUGAUCCGCUUCGACAUUCGGCGAAACAAGGUCCUGUCCUCCACAAAGAUAUCUCAACAUGGUGAAUUGCAGUGGCUUAUACCCAAUCUCAUUGCCACUGACUUCACUGCAUACCUACAGGACCACCAGAGAGCUGAAGAAGCAGGCAAGGUAGGAGCAAGCGCCAAGGGGAAGCGCAAGCAGAUGGAGUACUACUGAAUGAUAUGUAGUAUAUUUCUGCUAUUUAUCAUGCACAUAACAUAUCGCUUUUUUUAGCUUACAUCCUGUGACUGUGAGAUGUAAGGUCAAAUGUGUUUAGGUUAACCAUCAGAGCUUAUUUUGUCACUACCAGACCUUAUUUUAAUGACUAAGCCUAGCAGUUAAACUGAAUGGUAACCAGUAUGUAUGUGUAAUCAUCGUGGAUUUAUGUCAUACUACUAAUAGUGUUGGGCUCUUCAAAUCCAACAUUGUACCAA